UUUUACGUCCACGUCAGUAGAAUAGUGCUGUUUAAACAUAUAGGUUGCAGUUAGUUUCUCGACGUGUAUUACGGUGGCUAUAGUGUCUGUUGUGGAUCAAAUCAGAGGAACGUUAUUCUGUGAUUUGUAACAUAAAGAAGAUAAUUGUGUAAAAUACUUUGGCUGAAACGACCUUAGCUGCAAAUAUAGUGUGCACUUUAUGAGGUUUUAAUCAUAUUUAUUACUAUAAAUAUACUUUGUUAUUGUGAACAUUUCAGACUGGGCAAGGCAAAAUGUAUUGGAUAUUGUGGAUUUUUAUUAUUGGUGCAAGUAGUUGUCAAUUUGUUGAUGCUCAAGGUCAUAGAGUUGCUCCUGGUGUACAUCCACAACAUUACCAACAGCAAUUCCCUUCUCAACAAAUGCAUCAUGUUCCGCAACAUCAAGUUCCCCAGCAGCAAUAUCAACAGGUGCAGCAACAGCAAGUUCCUGUACAACAACAAGGACAUGACCAUGUACAUCCCCAACAGUUGCUAAGUGCUGCAAAUAUUGCUCAGGAGAAAGCGCACAUAGCUGAACACUUGGACGUGCCAAUGGAUACAAGUAAAAUGUCAGAGCAGGAAUUACAGUUCCAUUACUUUAAGAUGCAUGAUGCAGAUAACAACAACAAAUUAGAUGGUUGUGAACUCAUUAAAUCCCUUAUUCAUUGGCAUGGAACUAGUGUUGUCGCUGGUGUGGACGGUUAUGAAGAUCACGAAUUGGAAUUCUUGGUGGAUAAGAUUUUGAAAGAAGUGGAUACUGAUUUUGAUGGGCAGAUCAACUGGACCGAAUAUUCCUUUAACCUAUGCUAAGUUAAAUGACCAAAUUCUUCAUCAGUUUGAGGGAUGAAUAUUAGAAUGAAUGCAAUACGAAGAGAUUUUUAUUAUCGAAUUUUAUUAUCGAAUACUGUGUCGUGUUCGAUAUCCUCUAUUUCUUUUGCUUUAUUAAGCGGGAGAUAUGUCUUACAACCAAUGGGGCAAUGCUAUAUAUUUUAAAAAUACUACAAUAUAUGCAACGUUCAUUAUUUUUAAUCGAUCAAGUACUUUUUUCUCUUUACAUGACUACUACAUAUAGCUUCUCAUUCUGUACAUGAAUUAUUCUCUAACACUCUACUUUUUAAAAGUGUUGUCUUAUUUAAGCUAGACAUAUUCAUUUGUGACUAACCUCUAUUGAUUCACUUUUAAAAACUUUUUUAAUACAUAUGUUAAUCGAGAUUUGUAAUACCGUGCAUAUCACGCAUUUUAUAUAAAACACACAAAACUAAGUCAGUGGGAAUUAAUAUUUUUUAAAAGAGAAACAAAUUCUUGUAUCUUAAUAUCAAUAUCUAAUUGAAGUGUUAAGAUAAUUACUGGGCUGCACACUAGUCAAAUUAGGACUAAAUUUAUAUAAUGAAUUUUACAAAGUUAAAUGUAUUAAUUAACAGUAGGGAAAAGCGAUUUGUAUUACAGCACGUAUGCUUCAUCUAAAGAAAUAUUAAUAGCAAUGUAUUUGCUAGAGCAUUAAGUGAUCAAUGCUAGUUUCCAUAAAGGUACAUUUUUGUCAAGUUUUUUCAAAGAAUAAAUCAUAAUUUUUUACCGA